AUGAAUCAGACAAAAAAAGGUUCGUUCUUCCUCGCAUCCAUUUGACACUAAAAUAUUGUAGCUCCAGUUAUUGCACCGAUGCCAAAUAAAGCGAUUGUUGCUCGGAAACCGGUUGGUUCUCGGAAGUUCGGAAGUUCGGAGAAAAUUGUGCAUAUUUACAGACGGGGAGUAAUGAGAAACACGAGAGGAACAUGCAAAAAAGCGGCGACAGACAGCAUUCGAUGAUGAUGAAACCGGCGGGCGGGAAGAAGGCGGAAGCGAGGAAGAUGAAGAAGCCGGGAGGACUUGGACUGGGCAAGAAACGGAGCACGGACAAGCUGAGCGCCCAGAAAGAUGUGAGCAAAAGAGCUGUGAUCAGACUGUGAUCAGACGGGAACGAGAUUGCAGGACGACGAGCCGGUACCACUGGACCGCAAGAGAUCGGUGGAGCAGCAGGCGGAGAUGGAGGAUACUCUGGUGGAGAAGAAGCCGUCGGGGGUCGAUGUGGAUGUGGCUGUGAAGGGGAAGAAGAAGGAAGAGAAGGAAAAAGUGAAAAAGGAGGAGAAGAAGGACGACAAGGAGGAUGAGUUGUGCAGUGAGAAGAAGGAUGAAGACGUGAGGAGCAGAAGAAAACUCAUACGGAAUUGUAGUGUUUUCAGCCGAAAGAGAAGGAAUUCCGCGUGGAUUUUAUCAAGAAAUGGGCGUCUUCUGUCAUGACGAGCACUCCGCAGCAACUGACGAAACAGUUCAAGUCAGUCGGCAACAACGUAUGAGACUAUUCCGGUACCCGUGAGACCAACAGUGUUUCAGAUUCCGGAUGCCGAGUGCGGCAUGUUCACAAAGUUCAUGGAUCUCAAUCGCUACCCGAACAUCCAGUGCUGGGACCGCACCCGCUUCAUUCAUCCCAACGACGAGUCGUUCUACAUUCACGCGAGCAAAGUGCGCAUCUGCUCGAAACCGGAUCGUUUUGUGUGCACUCAAGGGCCUCUGGAUCAUACUAUUAACGACUUCUGGAAGAUGGCAGUCGCCCUCGAGUCCACGUCCAUCGUCAUGUUGUGCGGCUUCUUCGAGGAGGGGGUCGAGAAGUGCUCUAAAUACAUUUCGUGAGCGAGCCGCCUUUUGCAACGAUUACUUUCGAAAUUCAGAGAGAUCGUUGGCCAACUCGAUCUUCAGCAAGUGUCCGUGACCACCGAAGCAGUGACCGAGCUGGAAAUUGGUGACCAAUCGACUGAUAAAGUGGUUCAGCGUACUCUGAAAGUGACUGUGACCGCCACUGGAAGAGAGCACAAGCUGACGCACUACCAAUGGGCAGCCUGGCCGGACCACGGAAUGCCCGAUUCGUGCGAGACGCUCCUCCGUAUUCUGUCGGCUGUUCGCAAGGACAAGUAAUCGAAUGUACUCCCCGGAUUACUGUAGAUUUCUGUUUUUCAGGAAGCCGAUAAUUGUGCACUGCUCGGCGGGAGUCGGCCGAACUGGAACCCUCGCGCUCGUCGAGUCUAUGAUUGCUGCUCUCCGCUUCCCGAAGAGAGCCAACGUGAGAGAUUCGUUCGCUCUGCUGAGAAAAGAUCGAGCGAGGAGUGUGCAGGUUCUCAAGAAUCUCAGUCCGACUCAUUCAAUUCUUCCUUCCAGACUUUUCCUCAGUACGUCUACGCUCUCCGAUGUGUUCUCGAAUACCUCCAUUCGAAGGGGCACAAGAGAAACGAACAGGAAUGGGAAAAGUUCAAAGAGACGUACGCAAAGGUGAAAGCGAAAAAGAUGAAUCCGAAGAAGAAGGAUGAGAAAGCCAGCAAGGGGAAGAAGUCGCAGUCUCAGGAGAACUCCGACCCGAUCAUCACCCCAUCGCCAGCCCGUCCCGGCGUUCCGACUCCUCCCGCCACUCUGACGACUCCUCCGACUCCUCCGACUCCAUCUCCUGCUCCUUCUAUUCCCUCCACUUCUUCCUCUUCUGCACCAACACCUCCGCCAUCCCAGGAUCCGAUUCCCUCGCCGUCGCCGGUGCCUCUACCUGCUCAGACCACAUCCGAUCCUUCUGGUACGGAGCCAUCGCCUCAGAAAUCCACUCUCCAGAAUGUGAUUGCCGAGGAACCACCACAGCCGCAGGAGUGA